UCACAGUGUCAGAAGGAAAGAGAUCAGUUUGAUGGUCAAAAACUGGCUGUUGUUGAUACUCCAGGUCUGUUUGACUUACAAAGAACUCCAGAGGAGGAUAAGAAACACCUAAUUAAAUGUUACUUCCUGGCUGCUCCUGGUCCUGAUGUGUUCCUGGUUGUCAUGCAGGCCGGCAGAUUCACCAAAGAAGAACAUGAAACAGUUGAAAUCAUUCAGAAGUUGUUUGGAGAAAAAGCAGCAUGUUACACUAUGGUGUUGUUCACCCAUGGAGACAGCCUGGAGGAUGCCGAAGUUUCCACAGAAGAUUUCAUUAAGGAAAAUGAAACUCUCUGUAAAUACAUCCGUCAGUGUGGAGGAGGAUAUCACUUUUUUAACAACAAAAGCAAAGAUCCUACUCAGGUCAGAGAGCUGCUGCAGAAGAUCAACACCAUGGUUCAGAAAAACGAAGGAAGAUACUACACGAAUAAAGAAUUAAAACAGGCAGGAAAAGCCAUAGAAGAAAGGGUGGAGGAACUUCUAAAAGAAAAUCCAAAAAUGAAACUUGAAGAAGCGAGAAAAAAUGCAGAGGAGUUCAACUGGUUUGAUUGGGCUGCUCCAGCAUCUGGAUUUUUUGGUAUUGCAGCAUUAGUUGCAGCAAUAGCAAUGAAAACAGGAAGGGGAUGUGUUAUCCAGUAAUCAUUUUUUCAUUAGUCAAAUAACGUAAAGACUAAAUUUAUUAAGCGUGUUAAUUUCAUUAUCGUUUAUGUUAUUAAUGGGAAGUUAUAUAACUUUUUGCCAAAAAUAGUCAACAUGUUCAACGUGUUUUUCUUAGUCUGCAUAUACUCUUGAGUUAUCUUGAAUUGUUAAUUAAUAUUUUUAGUCUGAACCUUUCAGAGGAUCAUAUAGGUGUUUCUGUGUUUCUAAAAGUGAGAGCUUAAAAGAUUGGAUGUAGUCAGUUUGGUUCUCAUGUGCUUUAAAUAUGUUCUGACAUGUUAAUAAAUAUACAUUUGUCAUAUGAAAAUCUCUAUAUGGUGAUUAUUAUACAACUAAUUUCUUUUUCUUUAAAAAAAAACAAGCAUUAAAAUGGAAGUAUUAAAUUAUUAACCCUUUA